AUGUCUAGAAACUAUUUUAAAUAAAAAGUAUUGUUGACAUUCGGAUAUAAUGGAGCAAAUUAUCAUGGAUUAUAAAUCUAGAAGGGAGUCGAGUUUGAGACUGUAGAAUCAAAGCUUUUUCAAGCUCUUAAAGAUUCAGUAAUAAGAAUAUUUAUGAAUAGAAUUUAAUAAUGGAAUAGAAUGGAAAUGAUUUAUCAAAAUCAGGAUGGAGUAGGGGAGCAAGAACAGAUAAAGGAGUUCAUGCUUUAUGUAAUUCAAUUGCAGUUAAAUUAUGCAUAAAUAAAGAAUUCUUUAAAGAUGAUAUUUAAUAAAAUGAGGAAGAGGUUUUAUCAAAAUUAAAGGAUAAAGCAAAAGUGGAUUAUGGUAAAGUAUUAAAUGUGAUAAAUUCCAAUUUGCCUAAUGAUAUUAAAGUCCAUUCCAUAAAAUUAGUAACUUAGGGAUUCGAUGUUAGAAAAAAUGCAAGAUAUAGAUUCUAUGAAUAUAUUGCUCCAGUUUCCAUUUAUUCAGAGAAAAAAGGAGAAGAAAUAAUUGAGAAAGUGAAUAAUUUAGUAAAAAAAUUUGUUGGUACUCAUAAUUUCCACAAUUAUAGCAGAGGUAUGAAAUAUACUGAUCCUUAAUCAAUGAGAUAUAUAUUAUCUAUUUAAGUGGAAUUAUUCAAGUAUUAAGACAGGGAAUUCUUCAAAUUUUUGAUUCAUGGAUAAAGUUUCAUUUAUCAUUAGAUUAGAAAGAUGAUGGGAAUUGUUAUUUAAAUUUUUUAGGAGGAAUUGCCUGAUACCUUUAUUGAUAAUACUUUUUUCAAAAACUAAUUAAGAAUAAUCUUGGCACCUGCUGAAGGAUUGUUCCUAAAUCGAAUAAGUUUUGAAGGAUACAAUACAAAAUUUGAUAUUCCAUAAAGAUUGGAAAUAGAGGAGGAAGACUAAAUAAAAAUUGAUUAAUUUAGACCAAGUAAUAUUAAUAGAUAUACUUAGCUAUUGUUGAUUUUAUUUGCGAGUAAGAAAUUAAAAAUUAAACAUUUACUAAUUGGUUGAAGAUCUUAAAGGAAAAGAAUUUCAAUAUUGAAGAGGAAGAAGAAAAUAACAAUAAAGCUGAAAAUGAUGAUUGA